UAGAGAGUAUCUGAAUACACUUUCCUUUACCCCCUCGCCCCGCCCCGCCCCCAAGGCCAGCUGUAUUUCUCUUCUUCUUCUUCGUCGUCCUGAUUUCCUUUCCUUUCCUUCCCUUCCCUCCUCAACCCAUAUGGUCGCUCUGUUUCCAUUUCUGCUCCCUCUCCCUCCGACCAACUUCGUUUCCCCCUCCCUACCCUAAUUCUCCACCGCUUUCACACCACACCCACACCCAUCAUGUAUAGUCCAUCCAGGACACCCGCGAUCUCGAGGCUGGCCCCGCCCUCGGCUUCCCGCCUGAGAUCCUCGUCUAUGAAGAAGCCGCCGGAGCCGCUGCGUAGGGCCGUCGCCGAUUGUUUGUCAGCUGCUGCUCCGUCGCACAUCGAGGCUUUCAGGACGUUGCGGGAUUACUUGGCUUCGAUUGCAACAAUUGACUUGGCUUAUGGCAUGAUUCUAGAGCACACUCUUGCAGAGAGGGAACGAAGUCCUGCUGUGGUAUCAAGGUGUGUGGCACUCUUGAAACGUUAUCUUUUAAGAUAUAAGCCUGGUGAAGAGACGCUAGUGCAGAUUGAUCGGUUUUGUAUUAGCAUAAUUGCUGAGUGUGAUGUUGGUCAAUAUCGGAAAUUGGCACCAUGGCCACGCUCCUUAGGUCCGAACUCCUCCGUUCCAGUACAGCCCGCGAAUGUAAAUCUUUUGCCUGUGUCAAGUUUUUCAUCUGGGGCUCUUGUGAAAUCCUUAAAUUAUGUUAGAUCCUUAGUGGCUCAACAUAUCCCAAAGCGAUCAUUCCAACCAGCUGCAUUUGCUGGAGCUGCACCAGCAUCAAGACAAGCGUUACCAUCAUUGUCAUCCUUAUUGAGCAAAUCAUUUAAUUCUCAACUAAGUCCAGCCAAUGGGAAAGAGUCUUUAGAGAGCAAGGACACAUCUGUUACAUCUGUUUCAGAUGCUCCAAUUGCUGAAGAAAUCGAUGAACUUAGAGAUCUUGAAUUUAUGGCCCUUGAUGUUUUCAGAUGGCGCUGGUGUGGAGAUCAACAGUCAUCAGUUCUCUUGCCAAACAGUGAGCACAUUCUGAAUCUUCAAGACGUGCAAACUUGUAAUUUUCUAGAAGUAGGUGCUGCAGCUCUUCUUGUGGGGGACAUGGAAGCUAAAAUGAAGGGUGAAGCGUGGAAAAUAUUUGGGAGUGCAGAAAUGCCUUAUCUUGAUCAACUGUUGCAGCCUUCAUUGCUGACUACAGUUACCAAUUCAAGUUCAGCGUUUGCCCAUUUAAGAGCAAUAACUGCACUAAAACGCUCGAAACCAGGGGCAAAUCAGAUUUGGCAUGAUUCCCCACUUACAACCUUCCGUCCACGGGUAAAACCACUUUUUCACUAUCGUCAUUACAGCGAACAACAACCUUUGCGAUUGAAUUCUGUAGAGGUAUGUGAGGUUAUUGCAGCUGUUUGCUCUGGGAGUUGUUCAACUAAUUCCAAUAACCUGACAGUCUCAUCUAAAUUAAGACAAAGUGGAAGACCAUCAAUGGAUGUGGCUGUGAGCGUUCUCGUCAAAUUAGUGAUUGACAUGUACGUUUUGGAUCCUGAAACUGCGGCUCCUCUUACUCUCUCAUUACUGGAGGACAUGCUAAAUUCUCCAAGUGUAAUGUCAAAAACUCAAGCUUUUGAUUUAAUUAUCAACCUUGGAGUGCAUGCACAUCUUUUGGAACCUCCGGCACCUGAUGCACCCACUACAGUUGAAGAGCAGUAUUCCACAGAGGCAUAUUAUGAUGCUGAAACUGAUGGUUCUUCACAUGGAAGGCUGAAGUCUGACUAUUUGAAGGAAACUGGCAAUUCUUCAGCUACUGAUAAGUUUGAGUGCUGGAUCUUGGGUAUUCUAUUUGAGGUUCUUCUUCAUCUUGUUCAGAUUGAAGAGAAGGAGGAGGCUGUCUGGGCUUCUUCCUUGAGCUGUUUGCUGUAUUUCAUCUGUGAUAGAGGGAAAAUUCGGCGGAGCAGAUUAAAAGGACUUGAUAUAAGAGUAAUUAAGGUGCUCAUGCAGAUUAGUCGAAGAAACUUUUGGGCAGAAAUAGUUCAUUCUAAGCUUAUCUGCAUGAUGACAAAUAUGUUUUAUCAAUUACCUGAAGGACCUGAUAAAGUUAUUCUCGGUGCUCCUUUGUUUCUUGGUCAGCAAGUUGAUCUGAUUGGAGGCAUCGAUUUUGUAUUUGGGGAGUUGGUGCUUUCGAACUCAAGAGAAGAGAGGAGAAAUCUAUAUCUGGUGCUUUUUGACUAUGUUCUGCAGAAAAUAAAUGAGGCAUGUAUAGCUGCUGGUGUUUCUGAGUACUGUGAUGAUGAGGUUCGACCUAUUGCUACCUUGCUUGUGCUUGCAGAUGCACCUGAAGCGCUACAUAUUUCUGUUAAGUUGGGUGUUGUAGGUAUUGUGGAGCUGUUGAGGAGAUCCAUUUCUGCAGCUUUGUCCACAUAUCCUAAUAAUGAGAGGCUUUUGCUGCUAAUGGAGAAGAUAGUAGAGCAUUUCGACACACUUGUACGAUCAUUUACGCACGUAGACAAAGAGUUCACCUAUAUGAUUGAGAUCACAAAAUCCUUCAAGUCUAUUGAAAGCAUUGAUGGAGUUUCUGGAAAAGCUGCUGCUAUGACUGCAAAUCUUGCGUGGACCACUUUACAUUCUCUUCUUCAUUCUCAACGAAAAUCUUAUCGUCACCAUGGUUAUUUGUGGUUAGGGGAAUUGCUCAUUGCAGAAAUCAGUGGGGAAGAUGAUCUAAGUCUCCCAAGCAUUAAAAGCUUGGAGCAGAAAAUUAAGCUUGCUGGUGUUAAUGAUUAUUCUGAUUCUUUAGAUGUUCCUUUGCCUGUUUGGCUUAUGUGUGGACUUCUCAAGUCCAAAACUAGUACUAUCCGAUGGGGAUUUCUAUUUGUUCUGGAGAGGCUGCUGAUGAGGUGCAAAUUUUUGCUAGAUGAGAAUGAAGUGCAAGUAAUGUCUGUCCAAUCUUCUGCGCACAUGCAAGACAAUAGUCGUUUAGAAAAAGCAAAUGCCGUGAUAGAUAUUAUGAGCCGUGCCUUAUCCUUAAUGGCUCUAAUAAAUGAAACUGAUCGAAUGAAUAUUUUGAAGAUGUGCGAUAUUCUAUUGUCUCAACUAUGCUUAAGAGUUACAGACGCAAAAGUGAAGCUACUAAGGGAUAAAGAUUUUAGUAAUUUAGAAAGGAACAAGAAAAGUGUUGGAGCGGAUUCUUUCUCCUUCAAAGAGAAUGCUGGACAGGGUGAUGCUGUUGGAGACCCUAGCAACAUGCUUGGGAAAAAUGUGCAUGUUCCAAUCCGUGAUACAGCAUCUAUGGCGGCAUUGCUUCUUCAUGGACAGGCAAUUGUUCCCAUCCAAUUAGUUGCCCGGGUUCCUGCUGCACUGUUUUACUGGCCUUUGAUUCAGCUUGCUAGUGCUGCAACGGAUAAUAUUGCCUUAGGUGUCUCCGUAGGUAGCAAAGGAAGGGGAAAUCUUCCUGGUGGCACAUCAGAUAUAAGGGCAACAUUACUUUUGCUUUUGAUUGGUAAAUGUACAGCAGAUCCUGGAGCAUUUGAGGAUGUUGGUGGAGAAGAAUUCUUCAGGGGAUUGUUAGAAGAUACGGAUGCAAGAGUGGCAUAUUACUCGUCAACCUUUCUCUUGAAGAGAAUGAUGACAGAGGAACCAGAUACAUACCAGCGCCUACUCCACAGCCUUGUUUCAAGAGCUCAACAGAGUAACAACGAAAAGCUAUUGGAAAAUCCAUACCUCCAGAUGCGCGGCUUGCUUCAGCUCUCAAAUGAAUAGCUCUUGUUUUGGUUUUCAGCUAUCAAUUGAGUAGCUACCUCCUUUUUACCGACUGAACUGACAGAUUUUACUGCCCAUUAAUCGCAAUGCUCUGUGUCCGGCUGUGGUAUAGUGAAGCUGUGAAAUGGCGACUUCUCUGUUGUAUGGUACUGUUGGUUGAGCUUAAAGUGCAGCUCUAAUCCUAUCAAAGCCAAUUUGUGACAUGGGAAUUACAUCCAUAACAACUUUCUAUAUCUAAUUUUAAAUUAUCUUGGAGGCCGCACUUCAAGAGGCGGGCGUAGGAUGCUUUGAGAUAACAAGGUGAAUAGUUGGUUUUUCAUGAAGAUAAAAAGAAAUUACAGCGCAGUAAAUUGCAAGAGCUCCGGUCACCACUGAUGCUAAAAGUCCCUUCUUUCAAGCCAUUUUCAGGUACUCAUUUCCAACACAUUCUUUCCGAUGUGUAAAUGUCUUCUUGCUGCGUAUCUUUGGACGAAAGUAAAUGAAGGUUUUACGCCGUUAUGACAGCAUGUGAGCAUUGUGUACAAGGGACAACAGGGAAUCUUGGAGAAUUUAUUGUCUGUCUUAAUAUUGAAAAUUGUUGGAGAGAAAUAUAGGUUGAUAAUAUAUAGUUGGAAACACAAAUAGCAGCCGCAACUAAUUGUACUUUGUACAUAUUUUUUGUCAGUUCUUGUGGUGCUUAAUAGAGAUCUGUCUUGUUUUCUUGUU